AUGGAUGUCGCCGUUCACCUGCAGCGCACCACUGAACACGAGAUCUCGGUUUCGUCGAUAUUUUACCUGUUGCAUUUCACGCUUCGGACCACUGUCAGCCCAACCCCGCAGACGCAAAAGUGGAAGCGAGUUAUCUUCGUUUGGUCGCCGUUCGCCCGCAGCUCGCCUCUGAAGACGAGACCUCGUUUUCGCGUGGUAUUUUCCAUGUGUAUGUCGAUGCUGAUAGAAGGUGACCGCUGGCGUCGUUACCCGGCCGCUCCACCAGCCCGACCCCGCAGACGCAAAAGCGGAAACGAGUUAUCUUCGUCGCAUGAUCUUCCGACCCGCAUCCUCAACUCAAGGCAGGAUAUGCUCCUCCAUGGCGAGUCACUCUCCCAGCGCGCCUCUCAUUCGUCCCCGUAUGUCGAUGCUGAUAGAAGACCGCCGGCGUCGUUCCCCGGCAGGUAUACCACGCUUCGAACCACCAGCCCGACCCCGCAGAUGCGAAAGCGAAAGCGGGCCACCUUCGAUAGUCAGGUCAUCGAUUUCGCACGCAAGGCACCUCGCAAUAGGGAGGACGAGCGUCCUCAGCCUGCAUUCUACUUUCGAGAACGAGAACGCUAUCGAUCCAAGUCGCGCGGUAUGCCCGCGCUUGCCAACACACUCGGACAGCAAGACGGCGGAUGCCUAUUACACGAAGAUGCGAUAGCUCCGGUGGCAGACCCGUACCGGCAUCGGUCUGCAGACGAUCUUCCGACCCGCAUCCUCAGCUCAAGGCAGGCAGUGCUCCUCCAUGGCGAGUAA